GUGAGAUGAGAUUCAUAUUCUAUUCUCACUUGACACUGAUACACCAGUGAGCUUGAAUACUGUCCAGCAUCUUAACAUCUUACUGAGGGAGUUAAGAAUACACUGAAAGUACAAAUCAUUUUUUUUACUGUGUUCACAAACUCCGAUUCAGCUGUUUGUAUGUUAUUUGAAUCUAUUGCUCGGCAUUGCUGCUCUGUAUUCCAUUUCUUCGACCCAUCAUACCUGAUCGCGAUGGACGACAGCAUCUCUGUGGGAUUUCAUACGCUUCUCCUCUUCGCAGUCACUUUCCUCCUUGUGCUGACCGCCGUACGACAGUACCGGAGGAGACCCAAGAAUCUGCCUCCAGGCCCCUGGGGUCUGCCCAUCAUCGGCAGCCUCCUAAGUCUCGGCACGAAUCCUCAUCUCACCUUUCUCGAGAUGACCAAAACGUACGGUAAAGUGUUCCGGAUGAACUUGGCCGGACAACGAGUAGUGGUGGUCAACGGGUUCGAGGCGGUCCGGGAGGCACUGGUGAAGAACGCCUCAGCUUUCGCUGGUCGACCUAAGAUGGCUCUGUUUCAUGAACUCACAGAAGGGCAAGGAAUUGUGACCUCGGAUUAUGGUCCAGUCUGGCGAGAGCAGCGACGCUUCACUCUUCAGACUCUCAGAAACUUUGGUUUUGGGAAGAGGAGCUUUGAGACCAAAAUCACAGAGGAGAUUCAUCACAUGCUGGCGGCCUUCCGAGAGAAGGGGAGCGAAGCCUUCCAAGCAGAUCACAUCCUUGAGAUCAGUGCAUCCAACGUGGUCAGCAGUCUCAACUUUGGUCGGAGGUUCGACUACAAAGAUCCCCAAUUUCAGCUCCUCGUGGACAUGAUUUACAGAUUCUCUGAGAUCGGCACCAACGCAGCCGCGGCAAACUUCUUCCCGUUUCUCAUCAAGCUUCCUCUCCCAAACAUCCGCGAGAUGUUCCACAUCAGCGACAUUAUUGAGAGCUUCUUGAUGGGCAUCAUCAAUCAGCACAAGGAGACCUAUGACCCUAAAGCCAAGCGGGACUUCAUAGAUGCUUACCUUGGUGAGAUCGCUCGUCGCCAGCAGGAGAGCCCCUCAGAUGAUGCCACCUCAGCAUCCUUCACCGAGAAGUAUCUCUACCACAUCUUGAAUGAUCUCAUCUUCGCAGGCACAGAGACAAUGUCCUCCACACUCAGGUGGGCUCUUCUCUACAUGAUCGUCUUCCCAGAUGUCCAGGAGAAGAUUCAAGCAGAGUUAGACUCCGUACUCGAAAAGGACCAACUUCCAAGCAUCGAAGACAGACAGAAUCUGCCCUACACAGAAGCCACCUUGAUGGAGGUACAGCGAAUGGCCAACAUCACAGCUCUACCAUACCCACACAAAACAACAGAAGACACGGAGCUGUGUGGUUUCAGUAUUCCCAAAGACACGCCCAUCUACAUCAAUCUGUACUCGGUUCACAUUGACCCCACCCAGUGGGUGGAGCCAGAGAAGUUCAGGCCAGAGAGGUUCUUGGGCGAGAAUGGAAAAGUCCAGAACAGACCUGCACUUAUGCCAUUUUCAGCCGGUCGUCGUGCCUGUCCCGGGGAAAAUCUUGCCAAGAUGGAGUUAUUCCUCUUCUUCUCCUCUAUGCUUCAUGCCUUCAAGAUCAGCGCUGCUCCAGAGAAUCCACAACCCAGCAUUGAGAAACACUAUGGGAUCAGCCUGAAUCCAAGCCCCUUCAAGAUCUGCACCACACCCCGGUGAUCACAAGCCAUCCUGAGAUCAGGGCCAAAUUUCAUGGCUCUGCUUACCGGCGAAUUAUGUGCUUACGAUCACCAUACUCCACUUACUUUUCAAGCGCCAAAUUUCUGUGCUAGCUGUGUGGUGAGCAAAGAGCGCCUGGUAAUGUCAAGUAGGCACGCACAAAAGUUGCCUGCUAACCAGUGAAAUACGCUUGGUGUCAGCACGGAACUCCCUAAGCGCAGAUUCUUCGCUUAUGGUAAGCAGAGGAAUGAAAUUGGACUCUGGUCCACAACAUGGCAGUCAGACAUACAUUUUAAUUUUUAUAACUUAUUUUGUUUAGUAAUAUAAUAAUCACAUGAUAUCUUUCAAAGUUUUGACCAAAGUCACAUUUAUACAGGACCAAAUCAUAACAUUUUCUUUCGCAAAGAAAGAAUUAAAAUGUGGCAAAACAUUAUCAGCAAAUUUUGGCAAGUCAAAGCUUAAUAAGUACACACACAGGCCUGGAAUUACCAGGGAGAACACCAAGGCCAUGGCCCCUGGUCUUGACCUUCGUGCCACCUUGACAGUUUCCCAUAGACUUUAAGCUUUGGCCAAUGGAAGUGCCCUUAGCAAAAUGAAAGUGGCCUUGUCCUUUAACAAAAAUAUGGAAUUCCAGGCAUGCUUGUAAUGAGUGACUAUACAAUUGGCAGCAAAUUUGAGGGGAAAAGACCAAAAGAUCCGUCAGCUUUUUGCCAACUCUCAAGUAAAAAAGUAUAGUGUGACUUCCCAACUCAAGACACAUUUUUUAGCUCUCCGAUUUUUAUACAAUGAUUAUUCUGCUACGAAAUGUACUUUAUAACAAUUGUCUUCCAUAAUUCUUGUAGUCACCGAAUUCAAUAACAUCAGCUUAGUUCAUUAAAACCACAGUAUUUUAAUCUUAGUUGUAUGGGUACAUUUGCACAUAAUCAACAAUAGGGUUUUGAAACAAAUAAUCCAGAUAAAAUGGUUAAUAAAUUAAUUUAUGUUUUGUAAUAGUAGUUGUUCACAUAAUUAUAUGAUCAACAUUUUUAAUACAUUUUUGUUUCAUUUUCAAAACGUCUUAUUUAAAACUGACUCAGUUUCAUAUUUAUAUUGUACAUAUAAACUAUUUUUCCAUUUAUAUUUUAAAGCAUUGUAAUUGUUAUCUUAUUAUUAUUAUCAUUAUUAAGUUAUUUUCAUUCGUGAAAUGCUCAGAUUGUACAUGUUUUGUAUUCAGAUAGGUUUAAGGUCAUCAUCUAAAGUUAAUAGACACUGGUACUAAUCUCAGGAACAAUAUCUCAAGCCAUAAAACCCCUUUUCUAUGCACCGACUUCUUUCAAGCAUAAAUGUUUUCAUUAUGGUGAUAUGCAUAAUAAAGAAAACAAAUAUGGCUGAUUUAUUGACAACAAUGUGAUAGCUCAACAUCAGAAAAACCGACCCAACUAGAAUGUUGUGAUGAUUGGUCAGGUUGGCGGUCGAGCUGGUGUAUUGGUGGUACAUCUUUUCUCCCCUUCGGUCUCUGGGACCCUUGUUCGAAUCCCUUAGGGUUCACUAUCUGGAUUGGUUUUCUGUAGGCCUUUCUACCUGAUGUCGUGGGUUUCCCUGGAAUACUGAGGUUUUCCUCCCACAUCUAAAAAUAAAACUUCCUUCUUUCUGGAGCUUCCUAUUUUUUCUUCUACCAGUUGGAUUCUUGGCUAUGUACAGUGAUUAAGUUUGCUUUCCUGAGAGUCCUUAGAAUCAAAACGAGAACUAAUGAAUGAAUGAACUGAAAGUGAUACACACCCCAACCUGAAAUAUAUAUAUAGUGUUGCACUUUUCAUGUGCACUGUAAAAAGCAUAUACCUGUGAGAGUUGAACAAACUUUAUGAACUUGUUUCUACAUUGUUCUGGGUUUUAGGCACAGCAAAUUAUAAUCUGAAACAUUGACAGAAUGUAGAGGCAGGACUUUGAUGGAACAGAAUGAAAGUGAACCAGUGAUUUAUUUUCCUGCAAUCAAUUAGUGAGAUGUGAAAACUAUAGGAACAUUCAAUCUUUGUGAAUUGUUUUUGGAAAUAACACCAAUGUUGAUACACCUUUCAGAAAUAUCUGAUAUGAAUAUGAAUUCUAUUGUAUGAAAACAAUGUACAUAUAAUUAUAACUAUCUCUUGUAUAGAAUCGAAUUACAAAACAGAAGUUAAAUUUUUGGCUCAGAUUUCAGCUUCUUGUUUGAUUGAAGUUUGUAUUCGUUUGUGGCGACAUUCAAUAUACACAGUGUUUCAAGGUUGUUAUUGUAUUAUAACAGACUGUAAGAUUUUGUAUUAAAUGUAUACUAUCUAUUGUGCCUUCAACAAUGUAAUAAAUAUUAAAAAUGACAACUUCAA